UUACCCACUUGUAUACAAUAAACAUACGUUAUAUCCGCAUAUAUAUUUUUAUUUUACUUUGAAAUUUAUUUUAUAUAGUAAUAAUCUUCUAAUUAGUUCUGAAUCUGAAAUUUGUAUUACAACAUCACUUUCGUUACAGACGCAAUACAAAUGACAAUUAAAUGUUACAAGCGCUAUUAUUUUUAAAAGGAAACUAAUGUAUGUAUAGAAUUUUCUUUUAAUGCCCCCUCUUGUGUCUGUUUUACCAGGUGAAGAUUAAUUGGGAUAUGUGUGUAUCAGUAUAUAUAGAAUGAUAUUAUACAGUGCACCACAUUGGCAAAUGACUGAAAUUUUACCAGAAAAUAUUCGGCGGGGUCCAACCAACUUCUGAUAACUGUCACACAAUUAUUAUUCAUUAUUGAGAAAAGAACAAGUUUGAGAAUGCUUAACGGAUACUUUACAAUACAGGUCAAGAUCAUUAGUGUGGCAUGGUAUUUUAAAUCUAUGUCAGAGUUGUUUGACCUGCGAUAUCUUCGAAUUCGGAUGUCGUCGAUUCUCAAACCUAUAUCCGAUAUAUAUACACUGAAGUUAAGCAAAAUUUUAUUUGUCAUAGCAAAUCAUAAUUAUUAAUCUCUAUUAACUCAACUAUUUAAAGAAAGAAUUCCCUGUUAUGGUGGCUGCUCAAUUACUUAUUCAGUGGAACUUAUUUAAUAUUAAAACAAGUGCCUUUGUUCAUGAAAGUAUCAAUGUUAAGGUACUUAUAAGAAUACAUACUAAAGGAUGGCAGUACUUAUUUUUAUUCUUGUAUCCUUAUUAUUUGAUGGAUAUAGUAAUGGAUCUAUUAUAAUUCAUCAGGAAUAAAAAUAAUAAAAAUACAUGUUUUGAAAGGAAAAAGAUACAAUAAGAAGAUGGAUAGCUCAGAGUACGAAACUGUUAGAAACAUGACACUAUUAUUUUUUUUUGAACUUCUUGUGGAUAAAGGUGGUCCACGAACAUUGCACGAUUUAAGCUGCCAGUUUGGAGCUAAAGGUUUUACAAAAGAAAUGCGCCAAAUAGCUGGUGGGUCACAAAGUGGCCUUAAAAAAUUUGUAGCCCAAUAUCCAAUGCUUUUCCUGAUUAACGGUGAUUAUGUAUCUGUAAACACCUUUCAACAAGUUGCAGAAGAAGAAAAUGGAUGUAAAUUAAGUGGCAAACGUGAUUAUGCCAGAGAGGCUGUAGAAUACUUUACUAAUAAGUUAUUGCAAUACGGAGUGGGUACAGAGGUUCCAAUAAAAAGCCUUCUGGGACAUAGAUCUCAGGCAUCUCCAGAAGUUAGACAUAUUUCUGGUCAACACUACAAAGAAUUCAGAGAUUUUCUUUUGAAAUAUCCUGAUGCUUUUAUAGUCACUGAAGACAAUGUAUUGUUGAAGCAAUACGAAGGGAUGAAAGCAGAACCUUUUGUAGAAUUAGAACCUGAUAUACCCAUAGAUCCAGAAGUAACUGCAAAGUUGUUAGAUUUUCUUUGCGAAUGUAUCGAGCAAAAAGGUCCGAUUCUGGUAGAUCAAAUGUUCAAUAUAGUUAAUGAUAAAUUUUCUUUUGAAAAUUGGACCUCGAUAUUUAAAACGCCCCAGGAUUUGUGUACAUUUGUAAAAAUGUUUCCGGACGCGUUUCACGUUCAAAGAUUAGUAACGUUAAUUGGAAGACCAAAAUCUUCCGUGAUAGAAGGAAAACCAAAAGCAAAAUUUACAAAUUUCACACGAAAUCAAAAUAGCACAGGAAAUCAAGUAAUUCCGAAUCAAGUUGCUCAGUCAAAUAAUACUCAAGCAACUCAGCAAUCUAAUAAUUUAGAAUCUACUGACACUACUAGUGCUACGAAUCAGAUUAAUUCUGUACAGAAUUCUCAUUCUCAAUUAAUUGAAACUAGUAACAGUUCACCUCCUAUAAGCUUGCAACAACAAACAUUGAAGCAAAGAAUAAAUACGCUUGUAAUGAAGACUUUGGCAGAUAAUACGGAAAAAGAUCGUACUUUACAGACUGCGCAAAUGGGAGACGCAUGGAAAUUAAAAGUAUUACAACAGACGCGAGUAAUAGUAAACCCAAGGGAAAGUCUUCAAAACGAAGAUAUAAUAAAUCCUCGUAAACCACCUGCUGAUGGUAAAAUUGUUAUUGCAUUUGAUUGCGAAGGUAUAAAUUUAGGUGUUAAAGGACAAUUGACUCUUGUACAAAUUGGUACCAUGUCCGGACAAGCAUAUGUGUUUGAUUUAUUUACAUGUCCUAAUCUUGUACAAGCUGGAGGCCUUCAGAAACUGUUAGAACAUAAAGAUGUUAUUAAAGUGAUUCAUGAUUGUAGAAAUGACAGUGUCAAUUUGUACAGACAGUUCAAAAUUAUGUUAAAUAAUGUUUUUGAUACACAGGCAGCUCAUGCCGUGCUUCAGUUUCAAGAAACUGGUAAACCUGUAUAUAAAGUUAAGAAUGUUAAUUUGAAUACAUUAUGUGAUCAUUAUGGUGCUCCGUACAAUCCAUUAAAAGAACAAUUGAAAAAUAUUUAUCGUAAUAAUCAGAGAUACUGGUGUAGACGCCCGCUAACACGGGAUAUGCUCAUUUACGCUAGUAGCGAUGUCCUAAGUCUGGUUCCACAAAUAUAUAUCUCCAUGUCCAAACUUAUAAAACCAGAAGUACAGGCUCUUUUUAAUGAGCUCUGUGAGGAGCAAAUUCAAAUGCACAUUAAACCUACAGAAGUAAGAGCGCGUAAGAAGCAACGAAAAGUGGAAACAGAGGUUGCAGAUUUAAAAAAGAGAAUGGAAGAAGCGACUACCAAAAAUAUUGUAUUAAGUAAUCGUGAAAUACGUCUUCUGCGUUACUUAGAACUAACCGAGGAUGAGAAGGAAAAGUUAAAAGGCAGCUACAAAGUUGCAAGAAAAUUGGAAAAACUUGAGAAUAUGGGUCAAGAUAAAGGUGAUAGUAGUGAUGAUGACGAUGAAGAUAAAGUUGAAGAUUCAGAAUAUCAUAGUAUGGAAAGUUAUACCUCGGAAAAUUCACAUUCUGGUGGUAUAUUGUCACCAAGAAAUUCUGAAACUCCUAGCCUUACUGAAUCAAUGCAGAUGGUAGAUGAAAUUCUUUCUGAUGGACGAAUGGAUAGAUUUGAAAAAAUUGAAAAAUUGGAAGCUAUCCUUUCGGCUGUUACUGGUUCUACAACUGAUCAAUUGUCUUCAAGUAGUACAGACGCAUCUCCGAUAAAGUGUGUAUGUUCGUGUCAAGACAAAAGUAAGAGUCCACGAACAAAUCGUAAUAGCGUGGCUUGCCAAACAUAUAGUACAGGUGAUAUAGUUAUUACGAAAAUAUUUUUUACGGAGGAAGAGAAAGAACGUAUAGAUUUAUUGAAUUCGCCAAAAAAGUAGACGUUAUAGUUAUUACGAGAGUGGUAGGAACGAUGUUGCCAUUAUUAGACUUUUACAAAAAAGACGAAGUGGGUGACGACAAAUAAAAAAAGUAGCUAAAGAUUGUUCUAUUUUACGUAGCUUGACAAAAUUGUAAUAUUCAAUUACUAAACAUUACUAAAAUUUUAUUCUUUACAAGUUUAUUUUUCUAAAUCUGAUACUAUAGUAAUCAGAAUGUAGGAAAAAUUUGUUUCAUUACAAAAUUCAGUAUUGUAAAAUAUUUACUUUUUAAUAGAUUAUCUUUCUUUUUUUAAAUUAUAAGAAAGAAUAAUCGAACUAUACAUUAAUAUACAUAUAGGUAUUAAAACAACUAUCUGUUUACUAACAGGAAUAUUCGAUGCAAUACAUUUUUCUGAGUAAUUUACGUUAAAACACUAAUGUUGUUCCUCUAGAAAACAAUAUAAAUACAAAAAUAUUUUAAUGCUGCUUUUAAAAUAAAAUUUUAAUUCAUAUCUAAUGAAGCUUACAAACAUAAUGAAUUAUGUAUAUGUAAAGAAUUUUAUUAUUUACCUAAAGUGCUGCAUUAAAAUCACUGUCUCGUAAUAUGUACAUUCAUUUGCAUAUUUAUAAAAAUAAAAAUAUUUUCAGUUUUAUUGAAAAAUAUUUUUGAUAAUCUUCACUUUUAAUAAAAGUUCAUUGAAGUGUACAAAAUCACACUGUUAGUAAAUAAGUACAAAUAUGUAUAAUGAAAUUUUACACAUUUGAUAUCACUAACUAUUUUGCAGUUAUAUUUGUGCCAAGCCCUAACAUACAUCAUUUGUAAUUAGUAAAGUAGAACAGAGAGCUUUUGUAUAUUCGUUUUUAAUAAUGAAAUAAAUGAACCGUUUGUCAUUACAAGAAUUCAAUUUAAACGUGAGAAUACAUAUGUACUUGUAUGUAUUUCAAGUAUAUAUCAAAAAACUAAUUGCAAAAUGUAAAAAUGGUCGGAUAAAUGUGAUAAUAUUAAAAUACAGUUGCUUUUAAUGCAAUACUUUUCAAAAGUAUCAUGUAACGAAUUUGUUUAAUUUAAAUUUAUAUACGUUUAUUAGUAUACCCUUUACUUUGAAUUAUUACAUAUUAAACUUCAUUUUGAAAUCUUAUUGAAAAUAAGAUUUAUAAAAUAUAAAAGUUGUUAUUCAUGGACGUAUUUGUUGAAAAAAAGAGCUAUGGAAUAUGUAUCAAUGAAAUUUUUAUUUUUCAAAUAUUUAGAUAAUAAUUAUUUAAUACAUCAAUUCUUAAUACAUAAUUUCUUAAUACAUAAAUAGAAAAUUACAUAAAUUUUACCACAGAUUUAAUACACUUUUAUGUGUAUUGUUAUUGUGAAUUGAUUUUAAAUAAUGCAAUUUUCAUUUGUAUUUUGCAAUAUGUUCUUUAUUACUAUUACAUACAUAACAUUAUUAGUUUUUUCUUUUAUCAUAAUACUGACCAAUUCAAUAAUAGCAAUAAAAGUUAGAUGCAACUGCCUUAUUUGUACUAAUGCAUUUAAAUCAUUUUAACUAAACAUGUGUAUUAAAUCUAUAUACAAAGUGAUAAAAUUGUUUUAUUUAAAAUAGUAGGUAAUAUUGUUUAUUAACGUCGAUUAAUUUAUUGCAUAAAACACUUGAAGAUUGUGUAUAAUAAAUGUUUUGUGAAAUAA